AUGGUGCAUUGGAAGAGGACGAUCGAUACUGCAGAAACAAGUAAUAAUUGUUCUAUGAUAUCUCUUGAUGAAAGUUCCGUGCCAAAUACAUCAGUUGCAAGCAAGCAUUCAAAUAUUGUCGCCCGAUUAACAAAUAAUAUAGCGGGCAAUAUUCAAGAGUUGGUGUUUCAACGUCACAAAGUAGCUAAUAGUAAGAGAGGAUAUUUCUACUCAGCAAAAACUUCCCAUCAGUCGAGCAAAAUCGUUCAUCUAGGACAAGAAGAAAACUCGGAAAUAGAAGGUUGCGAUUACGCCAUUGCAGUUGUGAAUAAGCGAACAGGAAAGGCGGAAUUUCUUCCUACUAAAUUAAUUUGUUUCGAAAAUGUCCCAGCUCACGAUUUUGAAGCACUUCUUAAUGGUCCGAAUAAGAAAAUUGAUUACUCGAUCGACAACAGUAUUUUGCGGGAAUCAAUGGCUGAAAAAAGGCGUGCUUUAAUCACUGAAUUUGGCUCAGCAAAAAGAAACAAAGCUCAAGAAGCUAGCUUGCGGAGGCAAAUCAAAGAUGAAACUUUGGCUGUCAUGAUGCAGUCAGUGUUUGCCUCUACAAAAACGAAAGAAGAACCAGUCGAACAGAAGGUUGAAAUCUCAAUGUUAGCAAAGCCAGAAAGUUCAGUAUUGCCAAAAGCAAAUAUGGAAGCGAAAUCACCACAGGAUGUAUAUACUUUCUCAAUUUUUUUGUCCGAUGCAGAAAUUUCAGCUCUGCAGUCUGAAGCAUUACAAUAUUUAAGCAAGUCAAGAAAAGAGCUUAUUGAGAAAGGAUUUUCAUUGCUUCUGUGCAAUUUUAUUGGCGAUCUUACCGUGAAUCCCAAACGGGCUUGUUAUCUUCUUUUGCUUGAUGCAAUGAUUCAUUGCUACAGGAUCGUGUCCAAACGUCGUUUUCUCUUUGAAGCACUUUUUUUCAAGGAAUUGCAAUAUCCAGUGACAGUUUUAACUAAAAUACGUGAAAUGUUUUUCCCUGGUGAAUUUGUCAAGGAUGACACAAGAAGUAAGCCAAAGAUACCGAUUAACUUGAUGCACAAAGAUAGAUUGUUGUCUCAUGUUUUGUGUUUGGGUAUUAUGUUGAAUCAUGAAAACAUGAUUCUACCGAUCUCACCGUGGGCUAAAGAACUUGGUGCUCCUGAGUUAAAGAUUACCAAAUUAGCGACUGCUCUUGGUUGCAGGCAAGAUAUGGUUAUUUAUAAUAUUUUGAUUAUAUCAAGUAAAGCAAAAUGUUUCCAUUGUAGCGUUAGUUUUGCAACAACAUCUGAAGGUUUACGCCUUGGUACGACCAGAGUAGCAAAGCUAGUUGGACCACCUCAGCCUCCAAAAAAGCGAUAUGGCAGACAGUCAACCGCACGUGCAUCAAAAUCUUGA